AUGCGGCGGUGGUUCCAGACCGGAGCGACCUUGGUGGCCGGAGCGGGGCUCGGAGCCUCAGCGACCCGGCUGCUAAGUUCCUCAGACCGGGAUGAGCCGGAGCAGAGAAACGGGGAUCCAGAGGGGCCGCUGGGUCUGCUGGACCAGGUCCCGGUGCUGCCGUUGCUGCCCCGAGUCCACGCGACCCAGAACACGCUGAGUCCUGGAGGCUCCGGCGCCGUCAUGAAGUACGGCUUCCCGUCGCUGGCCAACAUCAAGACCCGAGAGUCCUACGUGACCUCAUACGACCCUCGCACACGCACGGCAUCAUGGGUAAUAGAGAGGUUAAACCCCGCCUCCAUCAGCGGCACAUCAGACAGGAAACACUGCGACUUUAAGGAGGAUGACAGCGUGCACGUGUUCCACCGGGCGACCAACAGCGACUACAGGCGGAGUGGCUUCGACAGAGGUCACCUGGCUGCUGCAGCCAAUCACAAGUGGAGCCAGAAGGCCAUGGAGGACACGUUCUACCUGAGCAAUGUGGCGCCGCAGGACCCUCACCUGAACCAGGUGACCUGGAAUAAUCUGGAGAAACAUUGCCGCGCGUUGACCAAACAUUACCUAAACGUGUACGUGUGUACGGGGCCGCUCUACCUACCCAGGGCGGAGUCUGAUGGCAGGAUGUUCGUCAGGUACCAGGUGAUUGGAAGGAACCACGUUGCCGUGCCGACGCACUUCUUCAAGGUGCUGAUCCUGGAGCAGGUUGGCGGCCGGGGGGUGGAGCUACGCUCCUACGUGCUACCCAACGAACCAAUCAGUGAAGAGGUCCCGCUGGAGCGUUUCCUGGUUCCCAUAGAAACCAUCGAGAGAGCGGCAGGGCUGACCUUCGUCCCGAACAUCAUGAAGAGAACGAGCAGCCUGCAAGCCAUCGCUGCCCGCUGACCUCAGCCCCACAAUGCACCAGGCUGCUGGAGCCGUUCAUCUGUCUGUCUGAUCAUCCUGUUUGAAGAUAAAUGUGAUUAAAGAUGAUUAAUAUUGUUUUUGUGUUUGAUGAAACUGAAUAAAUGUUUUAAAUAUUUAAACUUGUCUGAACUUAUUAAAAUAAAACGGAAGCUCCAUAUAUUAAAGAAAAUGUUUUAUUACAAACAUGAAACAUCACAGCCUGUUCAUCCAACCAAUAACUCAUUAAUAACUCCUGUUUACAG